GGAAAUUGAAAGAGCCUGACUGAGAGGAGAGGGAGUGCAAAAGCAAUAGACACAUCUAGUAUUUGUCUCAAACCUGCUACGCCUGGGACGCAGGAGCUGUCAUCUGCCGGCGCUGAUUCUGCGUGCAGCCAGAGCGGAGCCUGAUUGGGUGUAGUAGGACCUAAGGCAAGGGGGAGAGGCAGCGGGGAGAGAGUUGGGCUCGCCUCACCGAAAUGUAAACAGUGGGAAGCGAGUCGGGAGUAUAACGCCUUUAUGCUCCGAGCAGCGAGCAUCUGGCUCUGGGCUCCCAUGGCUCCGGCAGCGUACCUCUUGCAGGUCUCGCUCUGCCUGUCUUGAUGAACAGAAGCAGACCCUUCGGAGGAUCUCCUGCCUGUGGAUAUAAAUAGGGGGCAAUCGGGAUGCGCUAGCUUUCGCCGCCGGCGCCGCAGCUCCUUCGUGCUCCGCGCCGCAGCUGGGACAGGGCAAUGGACAUGAAUAUGAAGAAGUUCACAGUGCGUCGGUUCUUCUCAGUCUAUCUCCGCAAGAAGUCUCGGUCAAAGAGCUCGAGCCUAAGUAGAUUUGAGGAAGAAGGUAUCGUGAAGGAAAUAGACAUCAGUCAUCAUGUCAAGGAAGGUUUUGAAAAAGCAGAUCCUUCUCAGUUUGAGCUGCUGAAAGUAUUAGGACAAGGUUCAUAUGGGAAGGUAUUUUUAGUAAGGAAGAUCAAAGGAUCUGAUGCAGGCCAGCUUUAUGCCAUGAAGGUACUUAAGAAGGCAACUCUGAAAGGUAAGAGUUGGGACAGUGGCUGCAGUCUCUAUUUCCAUGCUACUUAGUAAUUACUUUUUCUUGCCAUUUUUUGCAUCUCUGCUGCUUUAUGGUAUAUGAGUGCAUAAAUAUGUCUCUGCUAUCCUCUGUAGCAAAUGUUCUAAAAAACACACAAAAAAAUAUAUUACCUAUAAAGUGUGGGAGAAGGAAAACAAGUGUUUGGAGUUUCCCAGCUGCAAGCUUUCUUCAUUUUCUUAGUGUUAUUUAUAGGACUUCUACUGGGUAUACGUUAAUUUGUAAUGCAGUGUCAGUGUCUUUCUGUUGCUGAAGUAAAUA